AUGAAAUGUAGUCAGUCCUAUAGUCAGCUGCCCAUAGAACUGGCUGCAACCCAAUUGUCCAUUCAUGAAACUCCAUAUUUAAUCCUUGGGGCAGCUAACAAAGUGCUGAAACAAAAUUUGAUGGAUUUGAUUCACAGUGUUCCAGAUACCAUUCAUGAAGAACAUAACGGAAGCAUCAUGGUCACUGGAGUUGGAAUUCAUAUCAGACGACAAGUGAUACUCGUCAGUGACACCAGCGGUAAGGUGGCACUCAUUUCAAUCACAGGCGAUUAUCGGAACGACAAUCUUUAUCCAAGCCUGCUUAAGCCAACAGCAAUCAGCAUCGAUUGGCUCGGUGACUGGGUUUAUGUUGCCAGUGGGAAUAAGAUUUACAGAUGUCUAAUGAAUAGAGAUGUCUGUAUUGUUGUGGUGGAUGCCUUGCAGAGCACACCAGGUGAUGUUAAAGUGGAUCCAGUCAAUGGAUUUCUUUAUUUUACUCAAUAUGGAGAUGAUAAAGGACUAUAUCGGGUUGAUCUUGGAGACAUAGGCAAGAACGGUCCUGUCUCUCCCACUCAACUUGUCUUCAUCGAUAACCUGUCAUCCUUUGUCAUUGAUUUUGACAACGUUCGGCUGUACUACCCCAACAGCACAGAAAACACUAUGAUGUCCGUGUUCGUUGAUGGCACAGACACUAAAGACAUCAGAGAAAAAGUGCUUCAGCCAAACUUCUACCACAUCCUGAGCAUAGCAAACUACAAAGGACUAUUCUACUGGACAAACGGAACUAAAGUUUUGAGUGAAGAGUUUGAUCCAGGUUUCAAAAAGUACAGACACAACGAGCUGUUGUUUUUUGACGAUUUCUACCGAGGAUUCAAUCUGUAUCAUCCAUCGGCACAACCCACACCAGUGCCACACAUGUCUCCAAAGAAGGUGCAAGCUGUGUUUACUUCCCAUAGUGUCAAAGUUAAAUGGUGGCCACCACCUUUGCUGCAGUACCAAGGACAUGGAGCAUGGCAAAACUGGACAUAUGAACUACAGCUGUAUGAAACCGAGGAACCAAGGACAACCCAGCAAUAUCUGAAUGGCACUGUACGUAAGAUGAUUAUAGAGAACCUGCUGCCAGACACAAAGUAUUCUCUUCGUGUCCGAGCUCUCUCCGAGGUUGGCUAUGGACCAUGGUCGGAAUAUUUCAUUGGAAGAACACUAAAGGAUGAUAAGUUUCCAGUUCGUGUUCUGAUGGCAACCUCCGGUCAGAUUAUUGAGGCAGAUAUAAGUCAGAACAUGGACAAGACCGUAGUCAACUUUGUGUCCAAGGCUACAGAUAUUUCUUGGCACAAGGAUAAGCUUCUCUGGACCUCCAGUUCCGGAAUUCUGUCUGUGUAUGACCGCAGUACUGGCUGGCGAUACAGUAUUCAACACGUGAAUUACGCAGCAUGUGUUGCCUAUGAUUGGUUGGGAAAGAAAAUAUUUUGGUCAGAACCACAGCAGGGUGUGAUAAAACGGACAGACAUAAAUGGUCUCUCUAGCGAUUUUAUAUCUCAAGCUGCAGCUCGGGACAUUGUGAUUGAUUCCAUAGCCGGAAGAAUCUACUGGGCCACAAUGAACUCCAUUGAGUCAUCAUUUCUCAAUGGAGAAGACCACAUCGAGAUCUUCUCAGUUCCGUACUUCUCAGGAAAGCAUGUGAUCAGUGUGGCCUUGAACUUUGACAUGAAGAAAGUCUUGUGGUAUGUGAAGUCGUUUGAGCACCAGGAUCUGUUCAUGGCUGAUCUGAUUAGCGGAGAAGGAACCAACACGGGUGAUGUCAUAGCGACAGUGAGACCAGCAGGCGACUUCAGGAGUAUCUCCAGGUGGUCUGGCCUACAAUAUUAUUCACAUAGACUAUUCUGGAUGGAUCAGGCUAGUGCCUUGGUUGUUGGAAACAUGGAAUGUAACUACACGUCAGUGAUUAGCCCUCGCAACAUUAGUGUUACAGCUUUUGCUGUGAUGCAUCCAUCCAUGCAUGGCUAUCCAGCUGGUUUAAAUGAAAACAAUUUACGAGUGAUACCAAAUCCAAUGAAACCAUCAUCUGUAAAGGUGUCUGGACCAUGGUCUAGCUUUAACUUGACCUGGAAACGGUCGUCAGAAGUCAACCAUGGACAGGUCUUCUACAAGGUGUACAUUCAGAUAGCCCAGCAUUCAACUCACAUUGUUACAUCCCAGACAUGGCACCCCAUAGAAGGCCUUUCACCUUAUACUUUGAUGUCAGUCUCCAUUCAACCGUACACUUACUGGGGAUAUGCAGACCCUACCAGAGUGUCAGUCCGUUCCCCUAUGUCAGUGCCAACACAACCACGGACUCCAAGAGUUUACGUCACUCAGCGGAAAAAUGCCACCACAUCCAAGCUGCUUCUUGCUGCAGACUUCCGUUGGUCAACACCAAUCAUCAUUAGUGGUAUUCUAAGUCACCACAUUGUGUAUCACUGGAUAGAAGGACAUGCUAGUUCCCCACGACAUGUCCAAACCUCAGGAAUUGCCAGGCAUUUUAUUCUGAAUAACCUGAUUGCAAACAAAACUUACUUCUUUCAGGUACAAGCCUGCACUGAUGUUGGGUGUGGACCAAAGUCUGAUAUUGUCUCUGCAGUAACUGAUGCUGUGAAUCCAGUUCCCAGGUUACUGAUAGCCACAAAGUCAUCAGUACGACUUUCAGAAAUGGACGGCCAUCUGAACUCAACUGUCAUGUUGCCAAGCAUUUCACCAUCAGCAAUGGCUUUCCUAGCUCAGGAUGAGAGAACAUUUUGGAUAGAGGAUACCAGUGCUUUGUACGUUUCUCAGGGUGCCAAACAGAUAUCUCUGCAAGAUUUGAAUGGUACAGGCAAGGACCUUAGCAUGGACUGGAUCAGCAGAACUCUUUAUGUUGUGGAGGAAGAAAGUAAGAUUAGGAGCAGAAUCAUGGGAUACCAUAUUGAUCAGGAUACUUAUGAACAGAUUCUAUUUCGGGACAAAUCUGUUGGCAGUGUGGUUACAGAUCCUUACACAAGUUCACUCUUCUGGACUGAGAAAGAUUCUAAAGGUCAAGGUCACAUAUUUCAUAGCAGCACAAGUGGAAAUAAUGUUAUUGAUCUUAUUGGAGGUCAAAGGUUGGAGGGUAACAGGAAAAAGCGAGCCGAUCCAAGAUGCAACUGUGCUCAUCAAGUGAAUGUUUCACCUGUAAUAGCAAUGGAUUAUUCAGCAAAGGGUGACACCAAUAUUCUCUUCAGUGAUGAAGAUAGUUACAGUAUAAUGGCCUCCGAUGGAAUGGGAUGUCGCUGUAGAGUUCUGUUCAGUGCAACACCAGGUGACAAUCAAGGUCUUCCUCCUAGUCUGAUGGCUGUGGACCACUUGCGUGUGUACUGGUACAACAAGAGUGAACAAAAACUGUACAGCGUGAACAAAAACACUGGAGCAGACCUGCUGACACAGAAUAUCCCAGACGUUCAGGAUAUUGUGGCCUAUGGAGCCCAUCUACAACCCCUUCCAGAUUCCGCCUGCCUAGACCCUGGUCCCUAUAAUUUCUCAGUUGUGAGUGAGAGUAUUAGCAAUGUUUCAGUAACUCUGAAACUGAGGGAGAUGAAGCGACCGUCACAUUGUUCGGGAAUGAGUCUACCUCAAGACAAGUACACAGUCUACUAUAUAAAGCAGCCCAAAACCAGAGUUAUUGGAGAACAUAUUGACUGUAGUGUUGAGGCUAAUAACUGUACAACUUUGCAAACCUACGAGAGGACAAUAACUGUUGAUAAUCUGGAGCCGUAUACUGAUUAUGUCCUGCAAGUGGCAGUUAGCAACUAUUACACGGAAUAUCUGGCUGAAGCUCUCGGUCCUGCUACUGUGUACAGAACACAGGAAGGAGUGCCAUCACCUGCCCGAAAUGUGACUGCGAUUGUGUUGAAACCAGUUGAGAUCCAGGUAGAGUGGUUUGCCCCUGCCAAUCCCAGAGGUCCUCUUGAGAACAUCACCUAUGUGGUAAAGUGGUCGACCCUCACGUCAGCUGGAGUCUACCUUGAGGGACAGACAGACAGAUCUGCCGUCAGACAGAUGAGAAGUGGAAAGUUCUACACGUACCUGAAGAGCUUGCAACCAAAACAUACAUAUAUGAUUAAGAUCCUGUCAUUUGACAGUUCCAGAAAGUUACACAGUGAAAGUGCUGCUGUCCGAGCAAAGACAUUUGACAAUCCAGGGGAGCUAACUUUGAAGCAGUCAUUUCCCAAUGCUCUUCAUCUCAUAUGGAUAUCACCUUCAGACAACAGUGUUACUAGACACUCAUACCAGUUUGCAGAGGUGACUAGUGGUGAGUUGCUGUGGAUGCUUCAUGACGAUAUCCCCCAGUCCACAGAAAACAACACUGAGUAUGAGGUGCAGUUCACAGAAUUGGAGCCCAACACAGACUAUGUCUUUCAAGUUAAAGCAUUGUACCAGUCGACUAAAUUCUCCCUCUAUGUUUGGCCAAAUGACCGGCGCUACACAUUUAAAACCAUGACUGAUGUGCCUGAUGAGCCGUUUCCUCCCAAAUUUCAUCAGCUCAAGUCAGGAACAUACGAAGUGGUUUGGUCUGAGCCAGAUGACAAUGGAGCUUCUAUUAAGCAUUACCUUUUGGAAUACAGUUUUCCAGAUACAAAUGAAUGGCAUCCUGCUUUCAAUGGGUCGAGCAUGCGUUGGCUGGUUGAUGAUGAGACACUGAAGCCUCGUCAUCGCUACAUCUUCCGUGUGGCGGCUGAGAACGAUAACGGGUGGAGUCCAUUCAGUGAUAACAGCUCUGUGUUUCUGGCACCAUCUGCUCUGAUGAAGAGUGCUGUGACAGAGGAAGUGGGGAUUGCCAUUGCUGUCUCCAUCAGUUUCAUCAUCAUUGUCAUUAUAAUUGUUAUCACUGGCAUCUGUAUAUGCACAAAGAGACGACAGCAUGAGAAGAAGAAAGCUCGAGAGUUCAUUGCGGUCUACCAAGUUCCGGACAUGGAGCUGGCCACUUUGAGAGAACUACCUCACACAGCUGUUCAGCAGAGCAACACACUGUAUGGCAUCAGCUAUGUUCCAACAGCUGAAGACAUAGCAUCCUUGCCACAUUUCCGAAGGGACCAGCUCAAUUUGACCAAGUUCCUGGGUAGUGGAGCAUUUGGCGAGGUCUUCAUGGGUGUGGCAAAGAACAUCCUCCAUUAUAAUUCUGGUGAAACCAAAGUGGCUGUGAAGACACUAAGAAAAUCAGCUACCGAGAGUGAAAAGGAGGAAUUCCUGAAAGAAGCCUUGUUGAUGAGUAACUUCCACCAUGAGCACAUUCUCGGUCUUCUGGGCGUCUGCCUCGACAAUGAUCCUCAGUUCCUUAUCCUGGAGCUCAUGGAAGGCAGUGACCUCCUGUCCUUCCUUCGCAACUGCAGGGCUACUAACUCCAGUGCCUGUAAAUUGUUGCUGCCAGACCUGGUACAGAUCUGUGUCCAUGUGGCCAGGGGAUGUCAGUACCUUGAAGAAAUGCACUUUGUUCACAGAGAUUUAGCUGCCAGAAAUUGCCUUGUGUCGAGUGUUCACCCAGUUGAGAUGGUUAUAAAGAUAGGCGACUUUGGUCUGGCGAGAGAUAUUUACAAGAAUGAUUACUACAGAAAGGAGGGUGAAGGCUUGCUUCCAGUGAGGUGGAUGUCUCCUGAGUCGCUGGUGGAUGGUGUAUUCACAACCCUCUCUGAUAUAUGGGCUUUUGGUGUUCUGAUGUGGGAAGUUGUAACAUUGGGACAACAACCAUAUCCUGCCAGAACCAACAUUGAAGUUCUACAUUUUGUGCGAGCUGGUGGAAAACUUGAGAGGCCAGAAAAGUGUCCAGAUGACAUAUAUGACUUAAUGCAGAAAUGUUGGAGUUACUCACCUGAAGAUCGACCUACAUUUUCAUUCUUGUUACAAAAACUGGAACGGUACAAGGAAAUAUGUGACAAUAUGACCCCUGAUGAGAUUGCCCAGUCUUCACCAUCUGCUCUUGAUGAGGGUGGCUCCGUUCGCCUGACGCCGACAAGCAAGAAAAGACGUCUGAUGACCUUAUUAGGUGGAGCUGAGGCCAGUGAAAAGCUAACUGUAGACCUACCAAAUCAAAUGAAGAGAACAAUUUCCCUCGAUUCAAAACACUCCUCUGCCUCGGAUGAUCCCAGAAUCUCUUACUCUCAGGUCCAGUUUAUACCAGAAAGAGAUUACGAUGAGAUGGGAUAUCUCAAACCAAGAAAAAAGGACAUUCCCAAGUACCUAGAGCUGAUCAGUGACCCAGUCAAUGGAGGCAUGCAUCCGGUGCUUGAACGUGUGAACUCGCCAACAGAAAGUGUUUCUUCCACCAACAGCCAACGGUCUUCCCAGUACGCAGCAAUGAACAAAAACAGCGGACCUUCUUCCCCGAGCAGUGUUAACUUCCCACUCAUUCAGUUCAGCGAUUCCAAUGGAAAUGCAGAUUACUAUAGGGCAGUAAAAAAUUAUCCCGACAAACCUCCUCCUUACCAGGUUGCUAAGGAGCUUGCUUUACGGACCAAGGGUGUUAGAUCGGUUAGGUCUUGUAAGAAUGAUGCUUCUCACACUGACAGAGAUUUGUACUCGAGACCUCUGAUCAGUGGACAGCAUUCGAAUUCUUCCAACGAGUCUGGGUACUAUUGUGUGGAGUGUUACAACAACCGCUCUCCCCCGUACCGAGGUGACAAGGCUGUGCCAAACUAUGAGAGAGUCGAUGAAGGCAGGAUGGAGUCGCCACUGCCGAAUUAUUCAGUCUGGUCAAAUAACAACAUCGGACGUGGUUGUUCAGGUGAAGUAAGCAAUGCCAACAGGUCAAAUAACAACAUUGGACAUGGUUGUUCAGGCGAAGUGACCAAUAGCAACAAAGAUUUGCUUGUGUUUCCACCAGAGUAUGUGAAUGUUGCGAAUCACGGUGGUGGUGGUGGUGGUGGAAGGACAUCGCGUAAUCAGGUUUACCCAGAAAAUGGUGCUGCGUUUGCUGGUUUUGAGAUUUCUCAGGCUAGUCUUGUUUAAAACCCACUUCAUUAUUGUUACAGAAUUUACAUUGCAAAUGGAACUUGCAUAUUUUUUUUUUUUUUACUGGGCCAAAAAAGGUUGUGUGUCAUCGAUUAACAUAAUAAUCAAAAUACUUUUUGGUGUGAAACCUUUUCCUAACUACCACAUACAUGUUUUUCUUUAAUUCAUAUUGUAGAAUUGAUAUGAAUUCUGUUGAAAUGUUUGUUAAUGUUUAGUUACAUUGUUACAGUAACACAUUGAAAGAACUCUAUUUUGUGUGGACAUUACUGAUGAUGUGUUCCACUGGGGUGUCUCAGUUAACUUGUAAGACUGCUGUUGCACAGUCUACCCUAGUUUUUGUUGAAAAAAAAUUCUCCACUAGAAUAAUAGUGAAAUGUUGUUACUUAAUUCUUGUUAUUGCAAUUUUAAACCAUUUCUAUGUUAAUGGUAACUUUGUUCAUUUGCAUGUUUUUUGUUAUAGUAUCUUAUGAACUAUUUUAGUUUACAAGUUUUAUUGUAGCAUUGUUUAACUAUGAAAUUUCAGUAAUUCAGCACUCUGUGAAAUAACAUUGAUAUUACAUCAGUCAGUAAGUGCCUGUUGAAUAAGACCUCAUGAAUGUUCUGUAAAUAUUAUUAUUUAGAGCAUAAAUCCAUGCAAUGAAAGUUGGCAUGUUAUCUAAUACAUGUACAUUGAAAUCAGUGUGGUGCAGAAUUAUCUUAACGACCUAACACUCAAAAAGUAUGAAGUUGAAAUAAAAUUCUUUAUUGGCACCUUGAUCAAAGUGAACCCUGGCACCAAUGUCAGAUGUUGUUACAAAAACUUCUCAGAGGUGAGACCAAACAUAUUUUCAUCACAUGGUCUUAAAUUUCACAAAAGUUACAGUGUGUUGUAUAAAUGAAUUAAGAAAAGAGGACUCAUUGUGUGGACUCAUCAAAACACACUGACAAAGUAUUCUUUGUGCCACAUUACAUUAAAAUGUUGUCAGGAUCAUGUUUUUCAUAACUUGUCUUUCAUAUUGGAUGGUACAGCAAUUUAUUUGCUUAUAUCCACAAGAAGGUUCAAGCAUGCUGUCCUGGACGUGAUUAAAAAGGCUGGGUCGCCUAUACAAUUGCAUUUUAUAUAUACUACUCAAAAGAAUGUAAGGGUCAAAAAUUUAUAACCAAAUAAGUUUCAGAGUGUAUUAGAUUGAUGAUGUAAACUACACCAAAAAUUUAAUUUAUUGUUCCAUAUUUA